AUGGGACGGUCUCGAACUCUUGAGUAUCCCAAGACAGCAAUCAAUAAAGUCAACCGGUACAAUGUACGAGAAACAUACGACCUCGAAGCCAUCCACACCAUCAUCAACGAAAGCACAUAUGUCAACGUCUCGUUCAAUACUCCGGACCCGUCCAACCCAUUCCCCGUGACUCUGCCGAUGAUCGGGGUGGCCGCGAGCUUCGACCACCCGUCGUCGUCCCUCGGUGAACCGCUGGACAUCUACGUCCAUGGGUACGUGAGCGCGCGACUGAUGAAUCUCUCUCGCAAGCCCGGUGGCGCCGCCGCGGACUCGGAACCCGAAGGCCUCCCGGUGACCAUCUCGGCGACCAAAGUCGACGGCCUCAUCCUCAGUCUGACUCCGUACACGCACGACCUCAACUACCGCUCCGCCAUGCUGUACGGCUACGCCACGGUGGUGACCUCGCCCGAGGAGAAGCUCUGGGCGAUGGAAGCCGUCACGAACACCGUCGUCGCCGACAGAUGGCGCCACACCCGUGUCCCUCCCGUGUCCGCCGAGAUGUCGGCGACUUCGAUCCUCAAGGUCAAAGUGGUCGGCGGCAGCGGCAAGAUCCGCGUCGGCGGACCGCGCGACGAGAAGAAAGACACCGACCAAGCCCAGCUGGUGGACAGCAUCUGGACCGGCGUGAUCCCCGUGUAUGAGCAUUUCGCCGACCCGGUGCCGGGCAGGGACAACAAAGUAGACGCUGUGCCAGACCACGUGGUCAAGUACGCAAAGGAGAUGAGGGAGCGAAACCAGCGGUAUGCCAUGGACGUUAUCAAUGAUACGAGUCAGGACUAA